ACAUUGCUAUAAAACAGCUAUCAAUCAAGCCUUCAACAGGCAAACCAAAUUGCAAAAUGAGGAACUAUCCGCCGAUCGAUUUACUGGAAAAGGGAUUAGUGAUCCCCAGCGAGGAGACCCCGGCUGAAGAGAUCUGGCUCUCCAACCUCGACCUUCUCGUUGCGCGAGCCCACACACCUACGGUCUACUUCUACCGCCGCCCACUCGAUGCGACCAGAUUCUUCUCGCCGGAAACCCUAAAGACCGCCCUUGCUCGAGCUCUCGUUCCAUUCUACCCUCUCGCCGGCCGCCUCGCUUCGGACACAGAGGGUCGUCCUUGCAUUCGAUGCACGGCCGAGGGUGCCCUCUUUGUAGUCGCCCGAUCUGAAUCGGCCGUGGACGAUUUUGGGGAUUUUGCGCCCUCCGAUGACAUUCGACGGCUUCUUGUUCCUUCCGUUGGUGCCGACGAUACUGAUCUUCCGUUGGUUAUGUUUCAGCCCACCCGCACCCUUCCCCGCCCCCGCUCCCCUCCAUCCAUAACCUCCAUCCACGUCGAAUACUCCCAACCCCCAACCUCUCCGACCUCCUCUCACCCUCCCUUCACCUCCGCCAUCCUCAAACUCUCCGAUCAUCAUCUCUCCCUCCUCAAAACCACUCCCCACAACAACAGUUCCAAACCCCCUCUCUCCACCUUCAAAGCCGUCGUCUCCCACGUCUGGCGCUCCGCCUGCAAGGCUCGCGGGCUAACCCCAACCACCCGCACCAGACUCUACGUGACCGCCGACGCCCGAUCUCGCCUCCGUUCACCUCUGCCCGCCGGCUACUUCGGGAACGCCAUCUUCCGCGUGUCGGCGGAGGCUGCGACGGAGGAGGUGUUGGAAUUCGGAGCGGCGGCGAAAAUCGAUGGGAUGACGAAGCGGAUUGAUGAUGAGUUUGUUAGGUCAUUGGUGGAUUACUUGGAGGAGAAGGUGGAUGAGGUUGGUGUGAGGAAAGGGGGGUGGGUGAUGCCGGAAAGCGACCUUUGGGUGAUUAGUUGGAUGGGUUUGCCAAUCUAUGAAGCCGAUUUCGGAUGGGGAAAGCCGUUCUAUAUAGCGUGUUUGCAGUUUGGUGGGUUGGUUUAUAUUGUGCCGGGUUCGCCUGAGGACGAGGAGUGUAGGGUUUCGGUGGUGAUGGCGAUGGAGGAGGAGAACAUGGGCCGGUUUAAGGAGGUGUUUUAUGAAGAGAUUGGUGGUGUUGAGUCGGCUCGGCUCUGAACCGGAUGGGUUUAGGUUUAAUUCGGUGGAGUUAUUUUUUAUUUUAUUUUAUUUUAUCCGAAAUUUAAAAUUACAGCGCCUAGUUCAUUCAAAAAAAUCAAUUAAAAAAUUGUAAGUACAUAUAUCUUCUAUUCUCUUAAAUUGAAGAAUAUG